AUGCCUCCGAAUCCAGAUUGGGUCAAGCAGCUGAAGCCAGCGUCGCCCCAGGGGGCUGACAUCCUGGUCGAGGAGCGGGCGAAGAGCAACAUCGACGUUGACCAACUCGCCGAGUUCCUCUUCACCAAGAAGACCCUCGACCAGAAGGCGGCGAUCGUGAAGGCACUCUCGUCAGAGCCCGUCUUUGACAAGUCAAAGAACUACUUCCAGAGCCGCGAGGACCGCUUCGUGGCAGCCCUGGCCCGCGGCAAGCGCAUCGAGCAGCUCUCCCGGAAGAACAAGUGGUCCCAGGAUGAGUUCGACUACGCCUACCAGCUCACCGGCGAGGCCACGCCGUUGGCCAUGCACUACAAGAUGUUCAUCCCCACGAUCCGCGAGCAGGGCACGCCGGAGCAGCACAAGCUUUUCCUCGAGAGGGCGAAGAAGUUUGAGAUCAUUGGGUGCUAUGCACAGACGGAACUGGGCCACGGCUCCAACGUCAGGGGGCUCGAGACCACGGCGACAUGGAACCCAGAGGACAAGACCUUCACGAUGCACAGCCCUCACCUGACGGCCUCGAAGUGGUGGAUCGGGUCGCUCGGCAAGGUCGCCAACCACGCCGUCGUGAUGGCGCAGCUGGUGAUAAAGGGCAAGAGCUACGGGCCCCACCCCUUCAUCGUGCCCAUCAGGGACCUGAACACCCACGAGCCGCUCGAGAAUGUCCACAUUGGAGACAUCGGGCCCAAGUUCGGCUUCAACACGAUGGACAAUGGCUUCUUGCUGCUCAACAACGUCAAGAUCCCGCAUGUCAACAUGCUCUCCCGCUUCUCCAAGGUUGACCCCGAGACCAGCAAAUACAUCCGCCCGCCAACCCCGGCUCUCGUCUACGGCACUCUCACCUACGUACGAAGCACCAUCGUGCUCGAGUCCGGCACUGUCCUGGCUCGCGGCGUGACCAUCGCCACCAGGUAUUGUGCGGUGCGCCGCCAGUUCCAGGAUCUUGACGCCAAGGGCAGCGACGUGAGCGAGAACCAGGUGCUCAACUACAGCAUGGUGCAGUUCCGCCUGCUGCCCCUGCUUGCCGCCACAUUCGCCCUGCACUUCACCGGCCGCAACAUGAUCAGCCUGUACGAGGAGAACCAGAAGCGCCUGGCUGCCGGCAACCCGCCACCCAGCAAUGACUCCAAGCGCCGACCUGGUCCUGAGGAGUUGACUCCGGGUGCAGACCUCCUGGCCGAUCUGCACAGUACUUCAUGUGCACUCAAGGCAUUCUCGUCUACGGUGGCGGCCGAGGGUCUGGAAGUCUGCCGACGCGCAUGUGGUGGGCACGGAUACAGCUCGUUCAGCGGAAUCGGCUCAUACUACGCCGACUACCUGCCAACAGUCACCUGGGAGGGAGACAACUACAUGCUCACGCAGCAGGUGGCGCGGUACCUGCUCAAGUCCGCACGCGCAGUCCUCAGCGGCAAGGCAGCGGACAACGACACCACCCGGUUCCUGAAAGUUUUCCUCAAGAGACAGGACAUCGGCGCCGCCUUCGACGUGCUGGGCUCGGACCAGGAGCUGGUGGACGCCUUCGCGUGGCGGGUGGCGUACCUGACCUUUGACGCGCUGAAGAAGCGCGACGAGGAGAAGCAGCCGUGGAACUCGCUGCUGGUGGACUUCUACCGGCUCAGCACGGCGCACGCGCAGUACAUGGUGGUCAAGAGCUUCAAGGACGCGCUGCACGGCAGCAACAUGGGCGGCGCGGUGGGCGAGCAGACGCGCGGGGUGCUGCACACGCUCUUCAAGCUGUUCGCGCUGCACACGCUCGAGAAGGAGAGCAGCGAGUUCUUCAGCAGCGCCGCCACCACCAUCAAGCAGAUCUCGCUCGCGCGCAAGCAGGUCAUGAAGCUGCUCGAGGAGGUCCGCCCGCACGCCGUCCGCCUCGUCGACUCGUGGAAGUUCCCCGACUGGCAGCUCGACUCGAGCCUGGGCCGGUUCGACGGCCGCGUCUACGAGGACAUGUACCACAGGGCGAGCACGCUGAACCCCCUGAACGACGUCGUCUACGACUCGAACCCGGACAGCCCCAACCUGAUCAGGCAGGACAACCGGGCCAAGAGCAAGUUGUAA